UGAGGGUUCUUCGUAUGGUGGAUGGAGAGGGCAUGCCAAUGGGUUUCAUUUAUGAGGCCAUGGAUAGGGCCAAAGAGGCCAUUUCACAUUACUAUCGUGGAAAUGCAAGAAAAUGUGAAAUCUUUUGGCGCAUCAUUGAUCGUAGGUGGACAAACCAACUCCACCAACCGAUACAUGCCUUCACCUACUUUUUGAACCCGAAAUUCUACUUCUCUGAUUCAUUUAGGGCUGAUGAGGAGGUCAUGGUAGGUGUUAUUACAUGCAUUGAUAAGAUGACACCUGAUCCCGAGUUGAGAGACAAGGUUCUUGAUGAGUUGGAGAUUUAUGGUGGGAGAAUUAUGGUGCGGGCAUGCCUAAUCUUCAAAAGAUAGCUAUCCGUGUUUUGUCUCAGCCAUGCAGUGCUUCUGGGUGUGAACGAAAUUGGAGUGUCUUUGAAAGCAUUCACACAAAGAAGAGAAAUAGAUUGUCACAAAAGCGGCUCUAUGAUCUAGUAUUUGUUCGGUACAACCUUCGCCUUCGAGUUAGACAGGUGGAGGGUGUUUCACAUGAGGCCAUUGACUUGGAUGAAAUUGAUCCAUAUGGUGAUUGGACCAUGAAUGAACAAAAUGAUGGUGAUGAUGUCCUCCUUACUGAAGAAGAAAUUGCAGAAAUA